AUGGCGGACAAUGACGGCCCGACGGCCGUGUCUGCUGCUGCUGCUGCAGCAGCAGCAGCAGCAAAACCCUCAGCAGCUGAGCCCCUGAUCUCCCGAGCAGCAGCAGCAGCAGAACCAGCAGCAGCAGCAGCAGCAGCAGCAGCAGCAGCAGCAGCAGCAUCUUCUGAUGAAGAAGCAGCAGCACAGCUGAAACAAAGAGAAGCAGCAGCAGAAUGUAAUGAGUGCAAGCAGCAGCUGCUGUCUAUUCUUGCUGCUGUUGUGAGGGCUCUAGGUCCUAGCCGGCGUCCUUCUGCUGCUGCUGCUGCUGCUGCUGUUGCUAAAACCCUCAGCAGCUGA